AUGGCCGCCUCCACCAUGUCCGUCUGCUCUGACGCCUGCACCAGCGCCUCCUGGCAGGUGAACGACUGUCCAGAGAGCUGCUGCGAGCCCUCCUGCUGCGCCCCCAGCUGCUGCCAGCCCAGCUGCUGUGCCCCCUGCCUGACCCUGUCUUGCUGCCAGCCGGCCUGCUGCUCCUCCUCCCCCUGCCAGCCGUCCUGCGGUGUGCCCGUCUGCUGCAAGCCCGUCUGCUGUGUGCCCGUCUGCUGUGGGGCUUCCUCAUGCUGCCAGCCCUCUUGCUGCCAGCAGUCUAGCUGUGCGCCCUCUUGCUGCCAGUCCUCCCCCUGCCAGCCAUCCUGCGGUGUGACCCUCUGCUGCAAGCCCGUCUGCUGUACCCCCGUCUGCUCUGGGUCCUCCCCUUGCUGCCAGUCCUCAUGCUGCCAGCCGUCCUGCAGUGUGACCCUCUGCUGCAAGCCCGUCUGCUGUACCCCCGUCUGCUCUGGGUCCUCCCCUUGCUGCCAGUCCUCAUGCUGCCAGCCGUCCUGCUGUGUGCCCGUCUGCUGCAAGCCCUGCUCCAGCGUGUCCCUGCUCUGCCGCCCCGUGUGCAGACCCACCUGCUGUGUGCCCACCUCCUCCUGCUGCGCCUCCUCCUGCCAGCCCAGCUGCUGCCGCCCGUCCUCCUGCGUGUCCCUGCUCUGCCGCCCCGCCUGCUCCCGCCAGGCCUGCUGUGGCCUCUCCUCGGGCCUGAAGUCCAGCUGCUGA